AUGAGCUCGACACUGCGAUGGUUUGUAGGCGUGCCAAAGACUAACUCGGCUUCAUUAUUCGCACGGUCUUUCUCUCUGUACCACGCCUGUCAAUAUGACAAGGGGCGUUAUGCCAAAUGGCGCCUGAAGCAUCCAGAAGCCUACAGACGAAAGUUGGACUAUGGAAUAGCAUACCGCAACACCCUGCGUGAGGAGAAUCCAGAGCUCUACGACCAGCAAACAGCAGCCCGAUACAGAGCAUACUACAAGAAGAUGCGCCAGGAUCCAGACGCUUGGAGGAAGAGAAUCGAUCAGACGAUUCCACAUAUUGAGCGAUGGCGCCAGGACCCAGAUAACAGGGCAAGGAUUCAUGCAGCUCGGGAUCGCUUCCGGGAGGCUCGCAUGGAAGAUGAACGCUACAAAUUCUACGUGCGCCUUAAAAAUUGGUGUUACAAGUAUUCAUGGGUACGUGAACAACUCCCGUGGAAGUCCUACCAGCCUGUUCUCUACGACAACAAGGUUGAGCACCACUGCGAUGGCUGCAAUUGGACGAGACUUGGAGGCAAGAAGUUGUGGUGGAAGAAAAUCGAGACAUCACCCGCAGCAGACUCCUGCAGUUGGCUAUGCUUCCAUUGUUAUGUUCCAAAGACAAAUUGGGCAGAGGCCUUGCCUCAAGGCUAUGAGGAUCUUGGAACGACAACUAUAAAGGAGAUCAUCAAAAGGAGAGACAGUCUGGGCCAUGGCGGCUAG